CAUUUCAAAACUUUCCAGUGGCAUGUAAUAAUUUUGUUAUAUAGUGGGCAAGCCAGCUCAUAGUGCAGAUGGAGACAAUGACUUGGUAUAUAAGAAAAAAUAAUAAUCAACUUAACCAUAAUUUAACUCUUAUACUUAGCGCUUUCUGUUUUCUGACUAUUAGCUCAUUUGUGAGCUCUCUUAGGUUUGCGAUUUUUUCUGCAUGCGUUGUUAAUGGGCCCUCAUAUGUUUGGACCAUAACAUAAACUGCAAUAACUAUGAUUUCUGCCUUUGAAUCUGCGUGCUGGACACAUUGCACAAAAAAUUGUAGAAUUUCUACUUCGCAUAGAAUAAAAGGCACUGUUAGCACAAUAUGCAGAUGUGGGAUCCAUUCCAAAUUAUUUCACUUGAGGCAUCUUAUUUGUUCUGUGUCUAGAAUCAUGAGUCAGAGAUUGGUGGAAGGGUGAUACAUGUGAUUACCAUGCACGAGUUAACUCAUGUUUUAUUCAUUCUUUAAGUGCCUGCUGGGUCAUUAUCGUGAGAAAAUUGCUAUUUUAGGACUCCAAACAAGCAGCUUCGCUAAAAUAGGAUUUCUAACAUUUGCUUCGCUAAAAUAGGUCUUCAAACAUUAGCACUUCGGAAUACAUGACAUUUUCCUCAUUUUAAGUCAUUUGAUAAUCUAAAUACAUAUUUGGGGGGCUUAUAUGACUGAUUUGCCCUUAGCCCUUGCCUGUGCGCCCCGGACGUCGCCGCAUGAUGCCGUGGCCGCGGACGACGGGCGCUGCUCGAGGGCCGUCCGCGACGCGGAGGGUCGGACGGCGGCGACGGCGGGGGGCGUCGGCGGGCGGGCGGCGCGGCGCGGGGUGCAGGGCGGGCUGAGCCGCGCGUUCGGGGACGGGCUCCGGCGGCCGGUGGCGGCGUCCGCGCCCGUUGAGGUGCCCGCGUGGCCGAGCCGCUUCGCCGUGCCGGACCCGGAGCCGGCGCUGCUGUUCGAGAUGGAGAUGGACGACGGCAAGGCGGGCACCGGCAGGUGGGUGCCGCCGCACGUGUACCUGGCGCGGCGGCAGGCACGGGCGUCAGUGGUGGAGGGCGCCGGGCGGACGCUCAAGGUGCGGGACAUGUCGCGGGUGCGCGACUCCGUCUGGAGCCGGACGGGCUUCGACGGAUGACGACGACGCCGACGACCAUCGAAAGCUUGGGUUUUUUUUUUUGAAAAGAUGAAAGCUUGGGUUUUGAUUUCCCUUUUUGCCUCCUCGACCACUCGCUCUCAGAUUUCUCCUCCUCUCCUUUUUCCUGGAUGAAAAUUUUGUAUCUCGUGAGGGUUGCUGCUUGUUUUUGGCCUCCGAUCCAUAGGCGAUUGAGUACUAAUCAAUGGGAAACAACAAGAGCUAGAGAUGAGCAAGGGAUGUGUCGCCGGCGACGGGCGUCGCAGGGAGAGCGCCGGCGACGGGCGUCGAUCUCGGACGUCGCUCGUAGGGCGGGCAGCGGUGUCGCGAGGGUUACGUGAAUCGAUUAGUACAGAAGGGGCAGUAAAGUCAAUACGAGAAAUACAUGUAUUUUAGUAUUGAAAAUGAGAUUAAAAUGAGGAAAAUGUCAUGUAUUCCGAAGUGCCAAUGUUUAAAGGCCUAUUUUAGCGAAACGAAUGUUAGGAAUCCUAUUUUAGCGAAGCCGCUUGUUUGGAGUCCUAAAAUAGCAAUUUUCUCCAUUAUCGUUAAUUUUAAAAAUUGGGACCACCUUAACUAUUCUGCUUUUGAGACAUCAGAAAAGGUAAAAGAGCUAAAUGCACAAUAACAUCUAGUAUGAAACCUGAACAGGGUAUGCCAUAAACUUUAGAGGUUGGAGACAUCUUUUUCUUGUUGUAAAGAAUGAACUAAUGAGUCCCUGAAUGUUUUAAGGCCGAAUGCAGCUUAUUAUACAUAAAAAUGCAUCACCCCAUCUAUAUGAUUGCAUUCCUAUUCAUGUUGUCACUCACUGAGGUGGUCUGGUGAGAAAAAAACUGAUGACUUCGUCAGCUCACUGGUUUGUCUGUUCGAACACAGUCUAAAAUGCUACUGUUUUUGUAUCUUUGAGUAGUGUUUUAACUCACAUUGAUAUACAUAUGCCAAUUUUAUUUUUGCAUGUAUAACUUAGAAUCUGUAUUUACAUGGAGGCAAAAGACAGAAAAUU